UAGAGUUUUUCGAUUUUCUCGAAGAAAGCAGAAACCACUCCGGGCGCCGGCUCGCCCGCCAGGCUGAAUUCAGCUCGACCGUUCAAGUGGGCAAGGCGUCACGUCACGGAUAACCAUCAGUCACCUCAGCGGCGUGUCUUCCGAUCUAGCCUCCGACUCGCAUCAUACUUGCAACUUGGACGCGUCCGCGGGUGUUGAGAGUGCACGUGUAUCAGUGCACGGUGCUGGUGGGAUAGUUUCACGCCAGGGGCCACAAAGCAGUUAGUGAGUUCUCCAGAUCGUCCCUUCACCAAACCAAUACGGCAUCGUGUGAUAUCGUAAGGACGUCGUGUUUCGUUUGUUUCGUUCCCUUCAACAGGACGACGCGUUUUCUGCUUCCUUCUUACUCACACGAGAUCCAUUCUAGGUCCCAUGAACGCAUCCCCCGGACCCAAACUUAGCAGCUCGGAGCCUACCACCAUCGCUCGCACGUUCAUCGUCGCAUCGGCAUGUUCCAACCCGACAGCAUCUUCCCGUUCGUCGAACGGAACAACAACCGUAUCGACACCACUGGAAGUACCGUACACUGAGUACCGAUACGCCGGUCCCCCGCCCAGCACGACGGCCGCAUCCGCCUCGUCAGCUUUCUCCAGGGGCGACGUCUGGAUCGACACGAAGGCGUUCGCGGUGUAUGCGUUCGUCGACAAGCCUGCUGACCCUGGCAUCGUCACCACCAAUGGCAGCUCGUGGCACCGCUGGCGCGGGCCCAAGUCCCUUACUGGCCCCAGCGCGGUGGAGCACCCUGUGCACGGCGCCACACACGUCUUGUGGAUCCGCGGUGAUGGGCUCGCCGGUUGGGCAGGGAAGAGCGAUGUGCUGCAUAAGUUGGUGCUUGGAACUCCGACGGAGAUCGUGCGCAGCAUGCUUGAGGAAGACGCACGUCGGGAAAAGCGCAACAGGGAGCAUCAGAGGUGGGUCGAUGCUAAAGCAGCCAAGUCCAAGCGUGGACUUGAGCCAGCGGCGGAACCCGAAAUACCCCAAGUCGCACCGAUGCCCACACCAUCAGUCAGCCAGCCGAAAGAACCCGCUCGCAAGGAAACACUGCAUCUUUUAUGGCCUCAGACUAAAUCCGCGGAGGAUCUGGACACACACCCGGUCAGUAUCACGCCGAAGAAGCGCAAGGGACGACACAUGAACGACGGUGCGAUGUCAACACCGGCUUCGUUGCCACCGCGGAAGAGGGCGAGGCUAGCAGUGAGCAGGUCCGCUUCGCCACUGACCCUCAGCAAGGGAAAUGGGAACGGCAAAGAAAGGGAGAAGCUCAAAGGGGCGGGCCCAAGUUCCAUCACUGCGAAACCUACAUCAAAGCGCCAGAGCAAGACUACUGGGGACUUCUCCGAAAGUGCACCGAGGGUAUCAGUUAUACCACCGUCUGACUCGCCAGCAGCACCGCCGACUAGGAGGCUUUUCAUCCCAAGUAGCUCAGACUCGGAUGCGGACCGGCCAACGGGACGGAUGUUCAGGCUGAAGGCCGGCGUCUUGGGACCUGCAGAGGCGCAAAGGAAGGAACAAGGGGAGGAGGAGGGGCAAGAUGUAGAGGCCUGCGAAGCGAUGAAGCCUGUGCUGCAGGAGUUGCUCAGUUUCAAAGGCGCGCCGAAUACGAGUCGGAAGGAACGUGCGCGAGCUUUGCGAGUGGCGUUACGAGCUGUAGGGCAGCACGUAGAUCGGCUAGCGAUCAAGGCUAAUGUUACGGGCUGGCAAGACCGACUUUGGAGCUAUGCGGCAAGGUUCUGGUUCGUUCCGGUCAAGGGUCCGGUCGUUCGCGAUCUCUAUCUAGAACUGAAGAAGAACAAGAAGAAAACAAAGAAGAAGAAAGCCGUCCCCAAUCUCAAAGCUGCGCCCAAGAUUUUCGUACCCAGUGCAAACCCCAUCGAACCAUCCUCAUCUGAGUUCGAGCUCGAGUUCAAGCCCAAUCCCAAGCUCAAAUCUACACAAAGUUCCACGCCGACAGUCGCCCGGAGCGAGAAGAGCAGGCGGAAAGCAGAUGGCCCUGCCUUGAAUCUCGUCGGACUGUUCUCAGAUGAGGACGUGCACGACCAGAGACGCAACGCCUUUCUGGAUCCUGACUCGUCUCCGGUACGCAUCCCGAACAGAAACAAGCGUAGAGUACGAGACAACGCACCGGAGUCGAGUGACGAAGAUGGAGAUGAGCUUGUGCUCAGGCUCAAGUCCAAAUCCGAACCCACUUCCUCUAAACCCCGAACGCUUCGUCUGCUCCGUCUGGAUUCGACGGAUGCCGAGUCUGACGUCCCAGCAACUGAAUGGAAUCUCAGAUCUCAUGCAGCUAGGUCCAAGUCUGGAGCCCGGACACAGCAGGCGUCUACUUUCAAACCGCGGACUGUCUCCAUGGAUAUGCAACCGGACGACGAGGAGCUCAAUGUCAACGCCGACUGGAAGGCAGCCAAGACGGGGUCAACGGUUCGAGACGGGACUGUGGCUUUGACCGUCACCUCUGAGGCAGUAAAACCGCGUAAGAAGACCCGCAAGGAAACGAAGGCGGUCGCAUUUGCUUCGUCGGAAUCGGAGUGGGUGGUUGAUGCGGAUCUGGAUGACGAGGAGCCUCUCGAGCGUCAGUGCAGCCCGGUGAUCUUGGACACGGAUUCCGCUCAACCUCAGCUCGCAGUCUCCGCUACCAAUACAGGGACUCACUCUCGACCGAUGACAGCGAGGAAGAAGAUGCGUCAGGAACCCAAGUCGGCGGCGCUCGUUGUGGACCCGGAUUCGGAGCUGGUGAUGACCCAUGGGAAUGCUCCCACAGGCUCCGACGAUGGGAACCCCGCAGUUCUCAUCGACUUCCACUGUGUUGGAGCCAGUGAAUUGAUCGCUGUUGCGGAUGUCAUUGGGGGUGCGACUGGUACCGAGGCUGAGCUCGUUAAUGUAGUAUCUACCCGCGAGCUGGAGAAAUCGCAGACUGUCGCAUAUCCGACGAUGGUGCCGGCGAUAGUGGGUCCUUCACCGAUCACACCUGGCCACUUUCAGAUUCAGAGCAUCGCCUUCGAAUUUCCGGACAAGCAGUUGGUACUUGUCGUGGCUGGCCAUCGGCGCAAUGCCAAAUUGAGUCAUAACCACAAGUCCAUCUGGCCGGGUGUGCUGGUGAACUUGCUGAUUGUGUGUAAGCAGCAUCUGGAUGACCCAGAGGUGGACUGGGACGCCGCAGUCCAUGCCCUAGAGGUUUAUUACCGGGAAAUCAGUACACUCGAGUUGCAAGAUGAGAGUGAGGUCGAGGGCGGUCAAGGGUCGGACGGUCGACUGAUAGACCCGGAGCUGUGCAGGAUGAUGCACGUGGGGGACAACGACAAGACGGAGGAAGAGGACGUGCUCCUCCCAGCCCACAUCGAUUGGUUUUUUCCGACGAAGUCCUGUGUGGCUUGUCUUGAGCGGUGGGAGGAUGAUCGCACAAUUCAGGUGUUCACUUCGUCACUCCCCCGUGCAGAUGCGCUCGCAUACUACGCGCCACUCUGCGCGCAUCUCGAGUCCGUGCAUCCGUUAGAUGUGCGCGUCGUGCUGGAUCUCACUGUGGGCCUCUCUGCGAGAGACGACGUGUGGCGCGUCUUGGACGGUUGUUGAAAGGAUGCAGUGGCUGCUAUUUAGUUGCUAGUGCUAGAGUCGCGAGCAAUGGUUACGACCUCGUGUGCUGGACAUGUCCCUACUUUGAAUGACUACCAAUGCCGAUUUCGAGCAUUUUCCAGA